ACUCCCGGGGACAGAACAACAAAGAAUCAAGAGGAGGGGUCCAGAGGAUACACCACCCAACCACAAGUAGCAUCACUGAAAUGUCCAACCUUUUCAACCAGGAUUUGUGUUAUUGCAAUAAUUUAAACAUGCAAGGACUAUAGUCAUUCAGCUGGUUUUUACACACUUAAAACUGUAACGUUCAGACAAAUUGCUUCCACAGUGCAGUCUUAAAGACAGUUGCUUGGAAUAUCUUAAAUAUCAAGUUCACUCUUCCACUCUCUUUUUGGGAUUUGGCACUUGACAGGUGGUCAUUAACUUUGUUUACUCUCAGACAAUGGACUUGUCCUUGCUUCCUACUCCAGUGAGUGAGCACAACAGUCAGAGGGCAGGAGCACGCUUCACUGUACGACCAGCCAACUCUCCCUCUUACAGUAUUACUCGCAGGCCAGGUGUUAGAAAACCCAGGGAUUUUUCAGAGGAGGAGAGGGAGAGCGUGGAGGAAGCUGGAGAAAGAGAGAUAUAUAGGAAAAAUAUUUGCACAAAUGGUGCAAACAAGAAGGAUGACACAGUCACUGGAUAUCAAACCAGGACGGACAACAGUGACAAAGGUCAGUGUGAGUCCUUGGUGAAGGAAACAUCAAGCUACAAACUGUCUACCAUGCUGUACCAGAAUGGCACUGCAGACAAAAACAUCAUAGACUUUGGCGUUGACAGAAGUCAUAACCCUGCAUCUGAAAGCCAGGGAAAGACAGAGUGGAGAGGGUACGACCUGGCAAGUAGAAGUAAGAGUUUAGAUUGGAGGACAAGGGCAAGAAGCCCUGACAGAUCACCUGACAUGUCAUGCAAACAAGGAGGGGACAUCAGUAAACAGGGUAGGAUAGGACUUGAUGGUGUGAGGGGCAGGUUGAUGUCCGCAAUAAAUAACUCCUCAGGUACAAGUAAUGUUCAAGAGAGGAUCCCAGUGAGUUAUAUGACCCAGACUUUGGACAGGGUCAGGAGGGAUCAUUCACUCCCUUCCAGGCUGAGGCCACAGUCUGGUCCUGGCUCUGGUUUCAGAGAGACAGCUUCAUCUGUGCCCAAAGGAGGCCAGAGUAUAUCAGAUCGGAUAGAGAAACUCUAUGGGUCUGCUGGUUUUAGUAAAACAGAGGAUUACAGAUCAACCCCAGAUUUCCACAUUUCGUCACAGCAGAGGUCAUAUGAGAAGGGAGCAGGAGGGAAUAAAGAGACUGGAGGGAAUUAUUUGGCAGAGAAGGAAGGAAAAAGUACAGACAGUGGUAACAACUGGACUAGUGAUUUUGGUAAAUAUUCAGAACUCAAGCAUACAUUAGAAAUCCCCUUAAAUGAAGGAGCUCAGCAACGUUGCAGAAACUUUUAUGUAGACAAAUCUGAUUUCUCCAAAGUCUCCAGCCCUGAGGAAACGCAUAAUAAGGACAUGACGGACAACAAUGCAGCAUCUGGGCUACUGUCUAACUCCAGAGAAUCUCUUGAGCUGUGUGGUGUGAAGAAAAUGACACCCAGUGGGAUUACUCCACCUGUUAGUGAUGAUGACAAGACUCCAACAAACACCCCAAACCACUCACCCUUUCUUUCACCACAAAAUGCCACUCCCAAUGCAGAGACUGAAAAUAAAAGUACUUCACUCCUCACACAAGCAACUACAACUCACCCUGAAACAGACUCCCCACCUCUCCUACGUCCCCUGGCCACUUCCUCCCACAGCAACCUCCAUGAUCUCAUCUCUCCAGAUGCCAGCACAGCCUAUCCAAAAGGGAAGAAACAGGCAUUUGACCUGGAUGCUUGGCUAGCUGGCUUAAACUCAAAGAUUAAGGUCUGGAAUGAUGACGAGGAUGAUUAUGAAGAUGAUGAUGAAAGUACGCAGAAAGAUGAAGAUUCAAACUAUGAUUCAGACUCUGGGGAGUCCUCGGUGACUAUCACCAGUAACAUGAGCCAGUCAGAUCGCAGGAGCUUCUGUGUCAGUCUUUCGGACCUGUGUAACUUUGCUGGAGUUGACUAUGAGUCAGAGAAUGACAGCGAUGAGGGGCAGUCAACAUGCCAGCGGACUGCCUCGCUGAGCUCAGACGUGUCUGCACUGUCUUGUGUGUCUAUAAUGCCCAGUGAGGAGCUCGACAGGCUGCUGGAGGACGUCAGGGGUCUGGGAGACAACACCCUGCAGGACUAUAAUGAUGUGCAGGUGGUGGUCCUCCAUAAGGAGGUGGGAGUGGGACUGGGCUUCAGUGUGGCAGGUGGCGUGGACCAGAACAAGCCAGUCACUGUCCACAAGGUGUUUCACUCAGGUGUGGCAGCACAGGAAGGCUCCAUAAGCGAAGGGGACCAGGUCUUGUCGAUCAAUGGCACAGCGUUGUGUGAUUUCGCUCAUUGGGAGGCCCUGAGGGUCCUGAGACGAGCAAAAACUCGUGAGAUGGGGGUGGUGGUCUUGAGGAAGGGAGGUGUAAGCAACAUCUCAAAGGGGGGAGCACAGAUAAAUAAUCAGGGACUAACACAGACUCAGAUAACUGAGACAGGUCAGCGUGUGUGUGUAAGUCUGGUGAAGAACAGCAGGGAUCUUGGCUUCAGCCUAGAGGGAGGUGUAGGUUCUCGUCUUGGGAACAGACCGCUCUCCAUACAGAAGAUCUUCCAGGGAGGUCCGUUUGAUAAGGUUUUUCCUGGCGAUGAGGUGGUGGAGAUUGAAGGUAUAAGCGUGGUGGGGAUGAGACGCCUGGAGGCCUGGACUCUGAUCAGACAACUUCCUCCUGGGCCUGUAGAUGUGAUAUUAUGCCGGUCUAUUACACAUCUGGAAACAUGAGCAUUAUUGAAGUGCUAUGUGCACAGUGAAGUUCAGGGAAUGAUAAAAUGACAGAAAAGAAACUAAAAGCCAUCCAUGAGAGAGAGCCUAACCUGCAAUUAACUGCACUAUUUGAGUAUAAUGGCAUUUACGCAAUUAAUUUGUAGUUAUAGCCAUUAUAACAAAGCUCUAAAGGGAAAAAAACAUAAUCCUAGAGACCAGGUCAAAGCUGUGUAUCAUUUGUGAAUUACAGAUAUUCAGCUCUCUUUAUAUAUUUUAAAGACUGCAUCUACCUCAAGAACUGAGAUAUUUCUGCACCAGCCAAAAUAAAAAUGCACUGAUGGCUCAUACAUUUGUGAAGUCUUGCAGAUAUUGUAACAGAUAGUUUUUCACUUAAAAGCUUGUAGUGUGGCACUGCACCUGUAUAUGAAACAUGAAAAACAUUGUCAAUAUGUUGUAAUAUAUUGUGAAAAGAUGCUAACUGCAUUUAGAGUUUGUAAUGCUUUUUAA